AUGAUGCAUCCUCAAGCCCUCAUUUCAGUCCUCUUACUCCUUCUCCCAGCUGCCGUGGAUUCUUUCCCAGAAGUGCACGGAGUGGUGGGUCACCCUGUGACACUGCCGUGUACUUAUCCAGUGUCUAAUGGACUCUCAUCCAUGUGUUGGGGCCGAGGGGCAUGUGCUUCUGACACAUGUGGACAAACACUUAUCCGGACUGAUGGCCACAGAAUCUACUAUCGGACAAACAAUCGCUACCAGCUGAAGGGGCAGCUUCUUCAAGGAGAUGUGUCCUUGAUGAUAGAGAAUGUCACUGAGAGUGACAGUGGUCUCUACUGCUGUCGGGUGGAAAUGAAGGGGUGGAAUGGUGUACAGAGACUGACCACCUCACUGCAAGUUCAACCAGUUUACACCGAUACUGUGACAUCUUCACACCGCCCUUGGAAUAAUCACACCGAAGUGGUCCCCACACCAAACCCCCUGAAGAUCCACACCAAGGGCCUCUAUAUUGGCAUCGCUGUGUCUGUUGUGCUGCUUCUUCUCACAAGCAUCCUGAUGAUCAUAAAGUGCAGACACAUGAGAAAGAAGAGGAAGCCAGAAGUCUCAGUCGUCUUCCAUGCUUACCAGAAUGAGACUUUUCAAUCUACAGUGCAUCCCCAAGCCGUGGACAAGUUUGACAUUGUUGAUGACAGUGUUCAUUCAAGGAUUAAAUCCUAG